UGACCAGAUAUAUAAAAUAUGCUGAAGAAAAAAAUCAAAGAUGCUUGAUUUGCUUUUAUGUUGGUAACAUAUGGCUCCUUGGCAGUUACUUGAAACCCACAUGACACCAGAGAUGUUCCGAACACCAUUGCAUGAAAUUGCUUUGAGCAUCAAACUUCUGCGUCUGGGAGGAAUCGGCCAAUUCCUGGCCAAGGCAAUUGAACCUCCACCUUUGGAUGCUGUGAUUGAAGCAGAGCACACUCUCAGAGAGCUUGAUGCAUUAGAUGCCAAUGAUGAGUUGACUCCUCUGGGAAGAAUCCUGGCUAAACUCCCCAUCGAGCCCCGUCUUGGCAAAAUGAUGAUAAUGGGGUGUAUUUUCUAUGUGGGAGAUGCCGUCUGUACCAUUUCUGCUGCUACCUGCUUUCCAGAGCCUUUCAUCAGUGAAGGGAAGCGGCUGGGCUAUGUCCAUCGAAAUUUUGCUGGAAACAGAUUUUCUGAUCAUGUGGCCCUUUUGUCAGUAUUUCAGGCCUGGGAUGAUGCUAGAAUGGGUGGAGAAGAAGCAGAGAUACGUUUUUGUGAGCACAAGAGACUCAAUAUGGCUACACUGAGAAUGACUUGGGAAGCCAAAGUUCAGCUCAAAGAGAUUCUGAUUAAUUCUGGAUUUCCCGAAGAUUGUUUGCUAACACAAGUAUUUACUAACACUGGACCAGAUAAUAACUUGGAUGUUGUUAUCUCUCUCCUGGCUUUUGGUGUGUACCCCAACGUAUGCUAUCAUAAGGAAAAGAGAAAGAUUCUCACCACUGAAGGGCGUAAUGCACUUAUCCACAAAUCAUCUGUUAAUUGUCCUUUUAGCAGCCAAGACAUGAAGUACCCGUCUCCCUUCUUUGUAUUUGGUGAAAAGAUUCGAACCCGAGCCAUCUCUGCUAAAGGCAUGACCUUAGUCACCCCUCUGCAGUUACUUCUCUUUGCCUCCAAGAAAGUCCAAUCCGAUGGGCAGAUUGUGCUUGUAGAUGACUGGAUCAAACUGCAAAUAUCUCAUGAAGCUGCUUCCUGCAUCACUGCUCUUCGAGCAGCGAUGGAGGCUCUGGUUGUUGAAGUCACCAAACAACCUGAUAUCCUCAGCCAGUUGGACCCUGUAAAUGAACGUAUGCUGAACACAAUUCGCCAGAUCUCUAGGCCUUCGGCUGCUGGUAUCAACCUUAUGAUUGGCAGUACACGGUAUGGAGAUGGUCCACGUCCUCCCAAGAUGGCUCGAUAUGACAACGGAAGUGGAUACAGAAGGGGAGGUUCUGGGUAUGGUGGGGGGGAUACUGGAGGCUACAGAGGUGGGGGCGGCUAUGGCAAUGGAGGCUACGGUGGUGGCUCCAACUCCUAUCGGGGAGGAUAUGGUGGAGGUGGAGGUGGUGGUGGAGGCUACAGAGGAGGUUCCCGAGGUGGCUAUAGAGGCGGCUCUGGAGACUACAGAGGGUCUAGUGGAGGCUUCAGAGGAUCUGGGGGAUUCCAGCGAGGUGGCAGGGGAGGCUAUGGAAGUGGCUACUUUGGACAAGGAAGAGGAGGUGGUGGCUAUUAAAGCUUGGUUAUGCCUGCGUGUAGACACUUUUAAAAAAAUGCAUGCUAUGUGUUUUCCCAAGGUGUUUAUUUGCCACCAGAACGUAAACCUAUUUUCCACCCAUUCUGGUUCAUUGUAGUUUAAGGAAACCAAGCUUAUAGGUACAUUAGUGAUUUUGUUUAUAUUAUGUAAAAUAUAACUAAUAUAGAAGAACCACAGUUUGUAGUUUUUGCUUUAAGGAGUAAAGA